AAGUUGUUUUGCAAUCUAAUUUGCCGUCAUUUAUUCCAUGUCGGAUUAUUCGUGUUUGGCCGGUUAUUCCGGAUAACGCGAAAUGUAUUGUGUCUCUUUUUCUUAUUUUUCUUAUUCUUCUUCUCUUACUAUGGUGCCGUUUUAGUUCUUCGUGAAUUUACAAUUUGCAAACAAAACCGUACACCUAUUUUCUGGGUUAUCCAAUGCCUUGAAACUGUCGACCAAAAUGGUGUUCCUUUGGACAAGUGGAGGGAAGCAAAUACAUGUUAAAAUAGUUCAUAAAUCGGACAGCGUCCUGCAACUUUCUGUGGAAAAUGUAGAGGCACAUCGCGAAAGACACGGACUGCUGAUUCUAGAGCUUGGAACUCUAUUUUGCUUUGCGGUUUGUGUUUUCCUCUUCAAAUUGAACACUCUGCACGCACUGUUUAUACUGCCCAUCGCGAUCCUUGUAUACCUGUACAGCAAUGUUAUAAAAUCGGAAAGUUUAGUGUUGGUUAAAGAUUUUGCGAUGCAAUGCUCGACGACCUACGCCAGCGGCACGGUGCGCAACGCUCUCAUACCAAUAGAAUAUGUCCAAGAUAUUGUAAUCAACGAAGUAUUUUAUAAUCUUAAAGUAAUCUUCGUCUUGCAAGUCCUCACGAAAGGGCAUUUAUUUCGCAAGAAACCGGUCAUAAGUCUAUUACAGCACCUCAAGCCAGGACUCCCAUGCUUAAAAAUUAUCUACCACGAACUACACUCCGUCCUCGAGCUGCAGGACUGUUGACGACCGUGCAUUGUUAGUGUCUCUUUUUGGGAACAGUUUGUGCAGAAUGUUUAACAAAUUGUCAACUUCCUGAACAUCGGAUGCUCCAUUGCAAGAGGGAAACAUUUGCUUCGGUACCCGUUCUAUCUUCUUCAAAUCCUGCACCGGCUGUUUUGGUACACAUACAUCGGUUUCAAUCUACAUUAAACGAGAACCAAAGAGAAACUCCCAUUGAAGCACAACGAAACAUGUACAAUAAACGAAUGAUAUAUCACUUACAA